CGAAAGAACGUCGAAGCAUGCCAUGAAGCUCACGAAAAAACGUGCAUCUAGAAUGCUGUAAAGGGAAAGUGUAAAUCUACAGUAUGUUCAUCUACCUCACACUAAUUUCCAUUUGGUUUAAUGUUCUGGUGAGCGGGUCGAACGCGACUGUUCCAAUCGGCGGUUCCGGGAUAGAUUUAGUGGCGGAAUGCGAAAAAUCCGGGUCCUCCUGUGCACGAGACGAUCUAAAUAUCCCCGAGGACGAUUUCCUCUUGGGGGAUUUCGUGAGGUUUUCGAAAAACUCAAUAACUUAUCCGAGAAAUCGUGUCAUAACUAACAAUAGUACUGAUGAACUUAACGAAUUAUCUAGAUCUCUUAGCGAGGAUACGAAGGAGUUCUUCCUCACGCACGACCUGGAAGUACAACUUCCGGGUGUGUUUUUUCGCGGCGGAAUUUUGAAAAUUUCGCCGCGGAGUUUAGACAGCAAUGGCACCACCCUUAAGGUGGAAUUACUGCCCAAGCCGCUCAACCAAUCAGUCGGAGAGGGUAGGAUAUUUUUCAAUAAAAUCGGGAAAUUCAUCAGCGAAAGACUCGUCUUAGCUCUCCUAGCCAUUCUUCUAGUCAUUAAACUUCUAGCAGUUAAGUUCUUAUUCAUUCUUCCCUCCAUGAUGGGAGUGGUCGCGGCCAAGAAGCUCAUCGUCAAGGUGCUGCUGUUCCUGUUCCCUUUCCUGCAUCACCUGUUCAAGUUGUGCGCUUACACGCCCUACGGAGCCAAACAUCAUAUCCACAAGCAUCAAAUAGCGCAUAUACACCAGGUAGCAGCCGGACACCAUCACCAUAAACCUUACUACCUAGACAAACCACCGUCUGAUAGUUAUCAUUUCUCUCACAAAGGCGAUCCUGGAGUGAUUGAUGCUCAUGCUAGCGCCUCGGAGUAUGGAAAUGAAGUUCAUCAUGAUCCACCUAAGGAUGAAACUGAAGAUGAUUUCUGGGGAUUCAGUUUUCUGAAUCCAAAAACAACUACAAAGAAACCGUUUUCACCAUUGGAAUUAGAAAAUAUGGUGUUAAAGGCGGAAAAAGAAGCUUUGAUAAAAUCGCGGUUACAAAAAGAACGAGAACGCAUCCACGACGAGAACCUCCGGUUGCAGGAACAACUCAACAACGCUCUGAAAGUGCAACAGAAACUCAAGCACCACGCCAUAAUGGUUAACCACAAACGCAAACCGGGCAAGUACCGCAAACGCAAUCACUUCUCGCACGCGCCGCAUCUGACGCCGCUUUUGCCGCCCCCACCGUCGCCGCCCUCCAAAUUCGAAGAGCCGCCCAAGUUCGUCGGAGAACCGCCCAGCUUGGGUGGCACCCUAGAAGAUGUUCAGCCGCAUUCCGGACCUUUUGCGGAACCCCCCGCGAAUUACGGGGAAAGUUUUCCCAAGGAAAACGAACUGUUGUCCCCGAAUAGCGCUCCAAAUGUAGUAAUUGACCCAUCGAGUCCUUCGAUCGAAGAUUUGCCUCACGGGGUGCUCGGUGGUGGAUUACCAGCAAGUACUGUAGAUGCUGUUAAAAGUUAUUUGAAUCAAAAGUUCAGCCACAAUCCAACGAAUUUCCCUACAUACAAACCGAAUGAAGAAGAAUUACUAGUGAGCUACCCCACUCAGCAAGCGAACAUUUUCGUGACACCCCCGAAAUCGGACACGCCGCAAUUCCAUGCACCAGAAUCGGGUGGAUUUAAUUACCAAGUGCCAUCUCCAAUGAACGUAAUGUCCAAUAGAAAAUCCGACGUGACUAACGAAGAAGACGAAUUCUACAAGGCAGCUCAAAUAACGUACGACGCUUUCUACAGCCCGAUUUUGCAGAAAAUCGACGAUAUUUUGAACGAGCUGGAAUUCACCGAGGAGCCCUGUAAGGAGCGGUUGAUUUGCAGCAUGUACAAGAACCCGGAAAAAUUCAGUCCGCACAGCAACCUCUUGUCGGCCGAACUCAGCAGGGACUCUAAGGACCUUCAGAAACCGACAUCGACGAACGUUGCUGUUGUGAGAUUCUACAAAUACGUACAAGCAGCUAGAGAUGGACAAGAUCAAAGAGAUUGUAUUAGAUUAUACCCGGCUUGUGCAAUAAAUACUGAAGCUUAAUUAUGUAAUUAUAGUAGUUGCUUGUGCAUAUCAAAAACCUUUCAUUCUAAACUACUUUUUCGUUAUUUUCCUCUUUGUAUCCAUAUAAAUUAUAACUUAAAUUCUUUACAAACAAAAUAUUUUUUUCAACUGAUUAACUGAAUAUCAAUUAUAUCAAAGUUUGAGGUGUGGGGUAUUCUUUACGAAAAUAAGGGUUUAUUUUCUUAAAAUUAGAGCUUGCUCAUUUUAAAUUACGAUUUCCCUACAUCUUCGUAUUCCUCUAUCACUAUUCCUAUUAAAUACAGUAAAAUUGUAGUCUAAUAGAUUAUUUGAGAAUGUGUAUAUAGUAAAAGUAAAUAUUUUUAAAUUGACCUCACUAUUUUUUAAUCAUCGAAAUAUUUACUCGAUUGUUAUAAUGUAAAUGGUGAGGUUAAUUUAGGUGGUGAAUUCUUUAAAUGGAUUAUUAAAAUUACAUUUAAAUCAAGGGUAAUUUAAUACUUUUUUAUUAUUACAUUACCUAUGAGUAUAAUUCUUUUAAACGGGGAAGUAUUUAUAAUUUAAUUUAUUAUUUUCUACGAUGUUUAUUUAAAGUAUAGGUAUCGUAGAAAACUAUUUGUAUUGUUUAAAAC